AUGAGCAUCUUAAAAGUUGUCCUUCUCCUCCUCUUCCUUCCAUCCAUCAUACGAGUUACAGAGCCAUGCCAAAUCUCCAUGUGCAGCCGCAAAAGCAUCCCUAUUCGUUUUCCCUUCCGACAAGAAGGCGAAAACUGUGGUUAUCCUGGUUUCAACCUGAGCUGCAACGGUAACGGUCAGAGUAUAACGGUUCUAAAACUUCCUUCCUCUGGAGAAUUCUUUGUCCGCAGCAUCGACUAUAUGAUGCAACAGAUACAGCUGUACGACCCCGACAACUGCCUUCCACGACGCCUUCUGCGCUUCAAUCUUUCUGGGUCCCCCUUUUUCGCUGCAUAUUCUCAGAUAUACACGUUUCUCAGCUGCCCUUCUCAGUUCCCAAAGCCUGCAGGGUUCACAGCCGUCGAUUGCCUUGCCAGCCCCACAAAUUCUGUUCUGGCUACUUCAUCCACGGGCCUUGCGAAUUCGAUGCCUCCUUCGUGCAAGAUCAUUGCCACUCUGGCAGUUCCGGCUGCAUGGCCGGAUCAUUUUGGUGAAGGAUUCUCAGGUGGCCUUAAUGGAGAUCUUCGUUUAAGAUGGAAUGUGCCUGACUGUGGAGCUUGUGAAGCGCAAGGCAGUUUGUGUGGCUUCAAGACCAAUUCUAGUCAAGAAAUUGCUUGCUUCGAUUUUCCUAAAGCACCAGGCGAAAAUGGUCUCCGAGUUUUCAGGAUCAUGUGCUUCUCCAUUGCCUUACCAGCUAUCACAUUUGUUGUUGGGUUUGCAUGUUUCGCAUGUUUCAUGGACAAAGCCAGAGGAAAUAGGGCCAACAUUACUGCACGGCACACACCAACUAUAGUGUCACCACAACCCACCAUUGUCAUGACGGGUCUGGAUGAGUCCACCAUUCAAUCCUAUGAAAAGCUAGUCCUUGGGGAGAGCCGACAGCUACCGGGACCCAAUGACAGCACUUGUCCGAUAUGCUUGGCAGAGUAUUGCACCGAAGAGACACUUAGAUGUAUACCAGAAUGCCAGCACUGCUUCCAUGCCGAUUGCAUUGAUGAGUGGCUACGAAGGAAUAAUAGCUGCCCAGUCUGCCGAAACUCUCCAUCACCUACUCAGCAUGCUACCUCAAAUAAUGAUUGA